ACUUCAUCGUUUCGUAACAAUUACGAUGGUCUGAUUUACCGAGUCAAUAUGUUGAUGGCUCUAGUGAAUUCUCUGUAUGCCCCGUUCAAUAUCAAUAUUGUAGUCGUCCAGUUGGAGAUUUGGGAACAUGAUCGGAGUCAUUUGAAAGUGGAAGAGCAUCAUUUGUUGGCCACUUUGGCACAAUUCAAACGAAUGCACACGACCGUUCGUCAUGAUUGUCUACAUGCUUUGCUCGGAAUCAAAGAUGAGGCGUCCCGAACCCGGGGCAAAGCAAAUCCGCAGACAAUGUGCGUUUACUCUCGAUGUGUAGGCUACAGCCGGGACUCCCCACGGAUCGAGAUAGCCGAGACAGCUCGCACAAUCGCGCACGAGUUAGGGCACAAUUUUGGAUUACGUCAUGACACGGAGGAGUGCAAAUGUCAGCGAUGUAUCAUGGCCACCGGUGUCGAAUUCGGCAACAAUAUCCUCGAAUGGUCUCCUUGUUCUAUCCAAGAUAUGCCCACACUACUGGCGUUCGGGAUGGGAGUUUGUCUGGGUGAUGCCCCGGUCCGGAGUAUUGUUUCUGUCAGUUCGGUCUUAGCGAACGAGUCUGCCGAGGUGUCCACUCGCGGCCGGAAUGAACCACACACGAACCCGAUCGCCCCGGCUGCUAGUGUUGUACACGUGUACAACUGGAUGAAGCAACUCACUCCACUGGCGGCUGUUCAUCAAACCCAUUCCACACGAAAACGUCGACGACAUCCGUCGGAUGUAAGAGCUCAGCUCAAAGCGGCCGGUCUCUGUGGUAAUGGACAACUGGAUCCGGGAGAAGAAUGCGAUUGCGGGAGCUCCACAUCCUGCCCACCGGAGUUGCGUGACUGCUGUGAUGUCGACAACUGUCGUCUUCGGGCCGGUUCCGAAUGUGCCGGAGGUUCGUGCUGUACCGUGGAACCGGUCCCAGAAGCUCUACGCUCUAUCAAGACCCGAUACCGAUGCCGGUUACUCGCGGCUGGUACUGUUUGUCGAAACGCGUCCGGAAAUUGUGAUCUUCCGGAAUAUUGUGACGGACGAAGUCAGUGGUGUCCGGCAGAUGUAUAUAAAGCAGACGGUAUUCCUUGUCGGACAGAAGAAGGCCAACGGUCCCAUUGUAUUCGAGGUGGAUGCCGUACCGCGGACAGUUGGUGUCGUACUCUGUGGGGUGAUAAAGCCAGACGUGGAUCCCCUGAUUGUUUCUAUGAAAAUCAUUUGUGGAAUAUGGGCGAUAAACCGGAUCCGGUGGCCAAUUGUGGUAAAUAUCGACCGCCGCAGUCCGAGCGAUGGGAAGAUGCAAAGUCGUGGCCCGGUCUCGCUUGUCAAUCGUGGCAAGAUGCUGAAUGUGGUCGCUUAUGGUGUGAUCAUCGGAACGAGAAGGCCAUGCUUCUUGGUUGGAUAGACUCCCGAACUCGGGUUCUUCGAUCCGGUGAGGUUUGCUCCGCCCUAGUUUACGAUCCCGUUUGGCCCGCUGCCGAUCCGUCCACUUGGCAUGUGGAUAACAAUACUGUGCCCGGUCAGCAUAAUUUAAACUCUGCCGGGGUCGGAAUUUUCUCAGCCAACACGCAGGACGCGGGUAUGGUACCGGAUGGAACACCAUGUUCACAUGGGAUGUGCUACAACGGGACCUGUACCAAUGUGUACGAAAUUCCAUCUCGGAUUGAAUGUGACUGCCGUGGCCAGGGGGUCUGCAAUAAUCGCGGUAACUGUCAUUGCAAUCCGGGAUUUAGUCCGCCAAACUGUGAUUACGGUGGUGAUGGCGGAAGUGUUGAUAGUGGGCCACCUCCACCAGAUGGCUCGCCAAAACCCAUACUGGUCAUUCCUCUAUGCCUUCUGACGUUUAUCGGUCUGCCUUUGGUGGUCGCUUUGAUCUAUUGGUACCGGAACUAUGGAUGCACCUGUCCCCGAGUCAUCGGUGUUUCCAUGAUUCCAACCGAAUCGGGGCUGUACAAGCCGUUCGAUCGUGGUGCGGGAGCCUGUAUUCGACAGUGCUGCAGAUGCAAAAUUCGACCCAGGUCAAUCAAAGGGCCAAGCUACUUGCCUGCUACGUCUGGUUCCUAUCCGAUCCUAGCUUAUGCGACGAACGGACCGAACUCACUUAAGAAUGGUGGUUGGGUAAAUGGCCAUUGUGUGACGGUGGUUGGAAAGGCGAAUGGAACUUGUCUGGAUAAGGCGAUCAACGGAGACGUGGGAUUCAAGGCAAAUGGAACUCUGUUGCGAUCGGCUCCGGCUGGCGGUCAGAUAGAUUCCAAGUCCAAACGGAAAGCGAAGAAAUCGACCAAAUCGGAUAUGCCAGAUCUGAAGGGACUCAUUUCUGGUCCACUGGAACUGGGUGAAGCGCAGUCUGUCAGAUCUAUGGAGGACGAGCCACAGGUGUUAGGUGGUGACUCAGCAGAACCCGGAAAUCCGUUGGGAACAAACCGUAUGGCGAAAAUGUGGGAGAAUGUCAUAGCACGUCAAAAUCGGGUGCAAGUCGGAUCCGCGCCCCUAGCGGACGCACCAGACACUGUCACAAUCAAACACGCUCCGAUAGUGAACAAAACUUCCGUGCUUUCUUCAUCGGAUGGUUUGGAGCCAAAAUCAGUUAGUGUUGUUCAGAUUUCUCAACCCAAACUGGAAACAAUGACAUACCAGGGCGAUAUGUGCUCGUUAAAUGAAGCAAUGAGUACAUUGAAGCGGGGAGAAAAGCAUUCGAAAAUGCACGCAGCAGAACAUCAACAACAACAGCAACCAACAUCAGCUUCCACAAUAAGACGAACGGCUACUCUCAGACCGCCCGUGCGACUAGUCCCCAGUGUAAAUCCACUAACAAGCGGUAGUGCUGGUGGUCGCCUGGUGAUUCAACCCACCGUGAAUCGAUCUCAGUCGCAACGAUUUGGCCUCUCACCUCGGGACAUAUCCAACCCACGCUUACAAAACACCACCUAUACAGAGGCUUUGACCGAUCUGGAAACGGUACGGCAACAACGUGCCCAACAGCCCACAGGCGGCACACUGACUAACACCCCAGACAAAACGAAGUCCAAUUCACGCCGUCCGUGA